AUGAGUUCGGAAAUCAGCCCCAGCCCUUUUAAACCUCUGCCUGGUACUCUUGACCAGCAUAGCUCUUCCCCCCUAAUAUCUAUGGCCAAGCUAAUUCAUACUGAACCAUUCCGGUCGCUCUAUGUUGGAUCCAAAGUUACUACCGUUAUUGCCAAGGUUCCAUUCUGGAUCUUGCUUUACUCCAUAGGUGCGGACCGACCUCGUCCCUCUUGGACUUUGAAGAAGACGCUUGCGGUCAAUAUUCUCCGAGAACUGAUAGAAAUGCCGAUGGAAACAGGAGACUUUCGUGGGCGAGAUCCUACAAAGGAGGUCCCCUCGCGGGACUGCAAUGGCACUCGUUUUAUCUGGCUCGACAAAGUCCCCUCCAAUCUCAUUGUAGGAGAAGUCAAACGGUUCGCAGAUGCUUGUAGUACAGAGUCUGUGCGCAUUCCAGCUUAUGGUUACGGACGAUGGGGGGCUGGGGCUGAAAUUCCUCUUGCGCACGACGGAGAGAAAGUACUGAUGCACAUACAUGGAGGGGCCUUUGUGAUGGGUACGGCUCAUCCAGAAGACCUGACUUCUUAUAUCCCUCGUGGUUUCCUAGAGUACGGUCACACGACUUUCACUCGUACAAUAUCGAUCGAAUACCGCCUCUCUGCUUCCAAUCCACAACAUACGAAUGGACCGUUUCCGACGGCACUCCUUGACACACUUGCGGGAUACCUCUAUCUUACACGCACUCUUGGUUUCAAACCGCAGAACGUAUUCAUUAGUGGGGACAGCGCUGGCGGAAAUAUUGCACAAUCUCUAGUCCGCUAUCUACGCGAUCACCCCGAGCUCGGGAUGGGUGCACCGGGUGGCCUUAUUUUGUUCUCGCCCUGGGCGGACCCUACUGGAACACACUAUGGAGCACCCAAUAGUGUGGCUUUCGAAAACUCAAAGAGCGACUUUGUUCGUCCCCAGAUAGAUCCAGAAUCAAUGGGCCAGUAUGGCCUUCGCUCUCUGCUUGGGAAUAUUUCCGUACAAGAUGCUCGGCAAAACCCAUACGUUGCCCCUGGUUCGUUAGAGAUGAGUCCCGAGGUCGUUCAGGGUAUGUUCAGUGGGUUCCCGCCCUGCUAUGUUGUAGGCGGAGGAGGCGAAACUUUACUUGAUGCCAUAAGAACUCUUCAGGAGCGGAUGGCAGUUGAUAUACCCAAAGAAUCGUUUGUGUACGAUGAGGUUGCAGACGCUAUUCACGACUUUGUAUGCCUGCCUUUGUGGGAACCGGAACGUAGCAAUACCCUCAAAAAUAUUGUAGAUUGGAUUCAAAGGCUGUAG